AUGGCGUUCGCCCAGCUGCAGGACGCGAACCUCGACGAGGAGGAGUACGAUGAGGAGGAGAUUGACAUUUCCGACCUGCGCGAGAAGUACGAGGUUCAGUUGGAGCAGGGUUACGACGCUUUCGUCGUCGUCGACGGCCUCCCCGAGGUUACCGAGGAACAGAAGCCCAAGCUUGUCAAGUUCUUGUUGAAAAAGUUGAACUCUGUUGGAAAGACGAGGGAGGAUCUGAUUUACAUGCCCAUGGGCGACAACGGCAAGUCGCUGAGAUUUGCCUUCGUCGAGUUCUCCUCCCCCGGUGAGGCCGCCGCCGCUGUCCGCGGACUUGACCAGGUCCCUCUCGACAAGAAGCACACCCUUCGCGUUAACAAGCUUACCGAUAUUGAGCGCUAUGGAAAGGAGGGCAAGGUUCAGGAGGAGUACACGCCGCCUCAGAUUGAGGAGUUUACCGAGAAGGAGCACUUGAGAUCAUUCCUGAAGGACCCCAGUGGUCGCGGCAGAGAUCAGUUCGCCAUGUACCGUGGCGAGACUGUUGGCGUUUUCUGGAACAACGAGAAGGACGUGCCCGAGAACAUCGUCGACCGUCAGAACUGGACCGACAGCUUCGUCCGCUGGUCGCCCCAGGGCACCUACCUCACCUCGGUCCACAACCAGGGUGUUCAGAUCUGGGGCGGUGCCUCAUGGACACGGCAGCAGCGUUUCGCCCACCCCAACGUUACCUUUGUUGACUGGUCCCCCAACGAGAACUACCUUGUUACCUGGUCUGCCCGCCCCAUCUCCAUCCCCGAGGAGGGCCACCCCGCGCUGUCCAUCGACGAGGAUGGCAAGAACUACAUCGUCUGGAGCGUCGAGAGCGGCAAGCCUCUGCGUUCCUUCGCCAACCUGGACAUGACUGGCCUGGACGAGGCCAAGCAGCGCAAGCUCCUCUGGCCCGCGUUCAAGUGGUCCGCCGACGAGAAGUACGUUGCCCGUCUCAACUACCAGACCGGUAUCUCUAUCUACGAACUCCCCCGCAUGAACCUCCUCGACAAGACCUCCAUCAAGAUCGAGGGUAUUAUGGACUUCGACUGGGCCCCCGCCACCGUGCAAAGAGAGGGCGUCAAGACAUACGAGCAGCUCCUUACCUACUGGACCCCUGAAAUCGGCAGCAACCCCGCCAAGGUCGGCCUCAUGAGCAUCCCCAACAAGGAAGUCGUCAGACAACUGCCCCUCUUCUCUGUCUCCGACGCCAAGCUCCACUGGCAAUCCGAGGCCGCCUACCUCUGCGUCAAGGUCGACCGUCACUCCAAGUCCAAGAAGUCGCAGGCCACAACCCUCGAGAUCUUCCGCAUCAAGGAGAAGGGCGUCCCCGUCGAGGUUGUCGACACCAUCAAGGACACUGUCAUCAACUUUGCGUGGGAACCCAAGGGCGACAGAUUCGUCAUCAUCACAACAACGGAGCCCGUCGGCCCCACGGCCGUCGCCCCCAAGACGUCCGUUGCCUUCUUCUGCCCCGAGAAGGCCAAGGGCAACGCCGUCGGCAACUUCAAGCACCUCCGCACGUUGGACAAGAAGAACAGCAACGCCAUUUACUGGUCUCCUCGCGGACGUUUCGUCGUCAUCGCCACCGUCCACAACCAGCAGAGCUCCGACCUGGACUUCUUCGACCUCGACUUCGAGGGUGAGAAGCCCGAGUCCGACAAGGAUCUGACCGCAAACCUCCAGCUCAUGAACACUGGCGACCACUACGGUGUCACCGACAUUGAGUGGGACUCCUCAGGACGUUUCGUCGCCUCCUGGGCUUCUGCCUGGAAGUCACCCAUGGAAAACGGCUACCACAUCUACGACUUCAAGGGUGAGUGCCUCCGUGAGGAGCCCAUCGAGAAGUUCAAGCAGCUGGCGUGGCGGCCCCGCCCCGCGACUCUCCUUAGCAAGGAGGAGCAGAAGCAGAUCCGCAAGAACCUCCGCGAGUACUCCCGCGUCUUCGAGCAGGAGGACCAGGACCGUGGCGCCUCCGCCGACCGCGAGGUCGUCGAGGGCCGCCGCCGCCAGUUGGCCGAGUGGCACGCCUGGCGCGAGUCCCUCGAGGAGGAGGUCUCCAUGGAGCGCGAAGACCUCGGCCUGCCCAGCGACAUUGUCGCCCACCUCCUCUCCAAGAAGGCCGCGGUGCCCGAGGGCGAGGAGCAGAUCAUCGAGGAGAUUGUGGAAGAGGUGCUCGAGGAGUCCGAGGAGGUUGUUGCCUAG